CUAUCGCGUCAUGGACUAUGAGCUUGAACCAUACUACGAAGACGAAGUCGGACAUCAGUUUGAAGAUACGUAUGGGGAUGAUACGGAUCAACCUCACCAGCCUGCCAUGCAAAACUACAUCAUCGACGGAAUAUCAGACGACGGUGACUUAACAGACGAAUUUAUGAACUCUUCUCCUUCGCCGCAAGAGAAAUUCAGCUCUGCUAGACAACGAUAUCCCCAACAGUAUCAGUCAUACAACCCAAAUCAAUCUUAUACGGAUCAGUCUAGAAUUUCGUACCAACUCAACCCUCCCAUCUACAACCCGUCAAGUAGAACAUUUCGUGCCCAACUCGCAGCUCGAGCAACACCGCAGACCUACAAUCAAAAUCAAGGUCUCGUCUGUCUGGGGAAUGCCCUUCUUCUUCUUACUUACUUGCCGAUUAUAGCUCCAGUUCAUCCUCCGUUUGGAUCGCAAAGAACUCCAUACCCUAUACACACCACCCAAGCUCAGUACAUGCAGUCUCAUACUCCAGGGCCCUCACAUUGUGAAAAUACCAUGAUUCAUAAUCCAGAACAAGCAGUUCAGUCUCAAGGUUAUCAACCGCGGAACUCUCAGAAGCUUUCUUUGCGUCCCGUCUCGGAUCUUCCGGAUAUGUACCGAGGCCUAUUCAAGUUUGGCGUGUUUAAUGCCGUGCAGUCUUCUUGUUUUGACGGAGUGUUCCAUACCAAAGAGAACAUGGUUAUCAGCGCGCCUACUGGAAGUGGAAAGACUGUCUUAUUCGAAUUAUCCAUUAUCAAAAUGUUGUCCGAAGCUCGAGAAACCGGACAAUCAGUAAAAAGUAUUUAUGUAGCUCCAACCAAGGCACUCUGUUCAGAAAGAUACAGAGAUUGGGCGAACAAAUUCGAACCGCUAGGGAUCAAAUGCUGCGAGCUCACCGGCGACACUAUCCACUUUGGGAAGAGUGCGUGGGGUGAUGCAAAAAAUGCUACUAUAAUUAUUACCACGGGGGAAAAGUGGGACAGUCUGACCAGGAACUGGGAUGAUCAUCAUCAUCAACUAUCGCAAAUUCAACUUUUUUUGGUCGAUGAGGUACACAUUCUCAACGAAACCCGGGGAAGUACACUCGAAGUCGUAGUAUCACGGAUGAAGUUAAGAGGCACAGCGGUUCGAUUUGUCCUCGUUUCCGCAACUGUACCCAACAUCAAAGACAUUGCAAGUUGGAUCGGCAAAGAUGCUCAGCAUGGCUCCGCUCAAGUAUAUGAGAUUUUAGUUUGGAGAAGAUUAUCGGCCGUGCAAGUUGAUUCGCCACGUCGUGAGCUUUCCUCGAUCCAAAGGCCAAAGCGACUUCGUAUUUUCAAAGAAUCUGGAUUACAAAUUGUUCCAAACCCUGCAAACAUAUUCGGUGUAUUCUCUACAGCAGAGCAGCUAUCGAAAGAUCACAAUGAGGCCGCAGCCAAGAAACAGUCGCUGCCAUGGACGCGUCCUGGACGUGUUGACCGGAUUUUUGACGACAAACGUUUAUCAGAGUUUGCUUCUUUGGGCAUCGGUGUUCAUCAUGCGGGAUUGACCCCAAACGACAGGCGCACAAUCGAAGAGCUUUUCUUGAACAAGAUCCUUCGUAUUGUUAUUGCGACUACUACGCUCGCCGUUGGAGUAAACUUGCCUGCACACACAGUUAUCAUCAAAGGCGUUCAUACAUUCCAGAACAGCUCUUCUGUUGAAUACUCUGAUCUUGAUGUCAUGCAGAUGCUGGGUCGUGCGGGACGACCUCAGUUUGACAAGGACGGAAUAGCUAUCAUUAUGUGUGAAUCAGAACUCGAAAACAAGUAUCGGGCUCUAGUUCAAGGCAAGACCAUUGUCGAGAGCUCGCUUCACCUGAAUCUAUCCGAGCAUCUCAACUCUGAGAUUGGGUUGGGGACGAUUACCAAUGUAAACUCUGCGAAAGAAUGGCUCAAGAGCUCGUUCCUGUUUCAGCGCAUCCAAAAGAAUCCGAAUCAUUAUUCAUUGGGAAAAGAUGAAAAUCAGACAUGGGAAGAGAGGGUUGACGAUAUUGUCAUGCAGAGCGUAGAGAGUCUCCGCAACUCUGAACUCGUGAGCAGAGAAGAUGGGAGCGACGCUAUUAUAUGCACAGAGUACGGGGAUAUUAUGAGCAAGUUCUACCUGCGUCAAAGGACUAUGGGUUUGAUUCUGGAUCUAUCGGAACGAGCCAGUAUGCGCGAAGUCCUUGAUGUUAUCGCAAAUGCGGACGAAUUCAGUGAAACGAGACUACGGGCUUCAGAGAAAUCGAUCUACAACAAAUUACGUCGACACAACGAUAUGCGAUAUGAAGUCAAGAAGGUAGAAAGAACGUCGGACAAGAUAUUGCUUUUGAUUCAGGCAAUUCUUGGAGGGAUAUCACUAAACGCACCUGAAUAUCGUUCGAACGAUAGCCAACCUCAAUUUGAGGCUUAUAGUGUAUUCAAGCAUCUUCCAAGGAUUGCUAGAGCUAUCGUUGAAGUUGCGAUAGUCCGAAGAUUUGGAGCUCCACUGAAGUACGGUCUAGAAUUAGUUCGCUGUUCUAUAGCAAAAGCUUGGGAGGAUAGACCUGUCGUACUGAGGCAAAUUGAGUCUAUCGGGGAAAAAUCGUUGAAGGCAAGCGGCCAUACGUCUUCAGCGCGUCAGCAGGAUACCCUGCGGCUGGAAACGCUACUCAAUCGGAGACCUCCAUUUGGUCUGGAAAUGCUCGCAUCAGCACAGGAAUUCCCUGUAUAUACCCUGAGAGUGGAAGAAAUACGGGUCCACUCUGACGGAGGUCGAACUCCGGUAGACAUAGAGUUGUCCGUUGAGUGCGGCCUUUUGCAGGAAAUUGGACCGUCGAAAUCGAAAAAGCAGAAGCCCAGUCGCUUCAGCCAUAUGACAUCGGUCUUAACCCUCACAUCGGAUAACCAGUUUGUUGAUUUUCGCCGUAUACCGACGAAAGCGCUCAAAGAAGCGAAAACCUUUGAAAUCUGCGCCACGUUGGAGAAACCGAGCCAAACUGUGAUCGUCUCCGUGUCUUCGGAAUCGUAUGCCGGUGUUACUGUAGCGAAAAUUCACAAGCCAAAUCUUCCACCUUCAGAGUAUCCAACGUUGAACACAAAGCCCAUGACAGCAUUGGAGCUUGAGCUUCGAGGUCUGGAACAAUGCGAUGGUCUGUUUGAUGAGAUGUUCGACCAACAUGGAGAUGAAAUCGUGAAAGAAGAAAAUCUUGAACCUGUCGAGUUUAAAGACAUUCGAAAGUCGACCCAAAAGCUCCUACCAGAGACUAACCAAAGAGACCAAGCUUCCAACGCAGAAGCUCGUACACCGAAAAAACUUCCCAAUGGACUAUACGAAUGUAACCACCCUUGCAAGGACAAACAAGCCUGUCGACAUCUUUGCUGCCGAGAGGGACUCCGAGUUCCUCCAAAAUCCAAGACUGGAGCCGUCGCUAAAACUACUGUCAAACCGAACGUCGUCAAUGAUCCUCAAAAUCAGACUAAAUCGAAAGGCUUUCAGUCUGAUUUCAAACGAACGCCAUCCAAACCCAAACCCAAACCGCGCGUGAAAACUGAUCAGACCCUCGACGAUCUCGACAAAUUGCACAAGAGUACCAAUGUUCAGCAGAACCUCAAACUGUCUCAAGGUCAUCGCAUCAAGUUGGAUCCUAGCCCAAGUGGUCCGUCGAUCAAGCGCAAAAAUAGGCCUGUUCCGAACUUCGACAUUGAGUUUGCGAGUAUCGCCACUGUCGAUACCGACAUACUGGACUUGCCUGCGAGUCUUGACGAUGAUGACGACCUGCCUGCGCCUCACGAAAUCUUGGCUUCUUCAAAGAACAAAAAACGAAAUUACUCAUCUGAAGACAACUAUUCCAACUCUGAACUAGAUGCUCUUAUCCGCGAUAUCCCCUCUGACGAUAUAGUUCAAGACGCGCCAAAAACUGUAGCCAGAGUGGUGGCUGAAAACAAAGAGCCAACGAAGAAGAAAUUCAAGCUGGAUACCUUCCCGGAGCACAAGGUGCUUUCGUCUGACCGGAAGCCUCUUUUCCUCGCAGACAACGAAGGAUCGGUUUUGGACGACGACGAAGAGAUUGAAUUUGUCGAAGAGCCUACCCCCGGUCAUGACUACGAUGACUUCAUGCUCGACUCGCAAUACUAUAACGCCAUUCCCGCUACGCCUGACCUUACGACGUCAAUGCGCUCUUUCGAAGACGAGGAGGACGAGCUAGACACAGAAUUAAUUUCCCACGACAAUUUUCCCGAUCCACCAUCCUCUUUCACUAGUCGUAAACCUGUCAACAGUGUUCAAGAGAUCGAGAGGACAACUAACUUUCCAGAAAGCUUUCGACCAAAGCAACAAGGUCAGAAUCAGCAGUUGAAUGAAGAAGAAAAAUUGCAGCAGGAGUAUGAAGAUGAAUUUGCCAUUUUGGAAGCUUGGAUUGAUGAACAUAUGGAAUGA